GAGGGAGAGAAAGGGAAGGGAAGGGAGGAGGCGCCGCCGCCGCCGCCGGGCCUGGGUCUCCGGCACCGAGCCGCCGCGGCACAACAUGGAGGAGCUGGUGGUGGAGGUGCGGGGCUCCAACGGGGCCUUCUACAAGGCAUUUGUAAAGGAUGUGCAUGAAGAUUCUAUAACAGUUGCAUUUGAAAACAACUGGCAACCAGAGAGACAAAUACCAUUCCAUGAUGUGAGGUUUCCACCACCUGCAGGCUAUAAUAAAGAUAUAAAUGAAAGUGAUGAAGUAGAGGUUUAUUCCAGGGCAAAUGAAAAAGAACCCUGCUGUUGGUGGUUGGCUAAAGUGAGAAUGAUAAAGGGUGAGUUCUACGUAAUAGAAUAUGCAGCCUGUGAUGCUACAUACAACGAAAUUGUCACAAUUGAGCGUUUGAGAUCUGUGAACCCCAAUAAACCCGCAACAAAAGAUACUUUUCAUAAAAUCAAACUGGCAGUUCCAGAAGAUUUAAGGCAAAUGUGUGCCAAAGAAUCUGCACAUAAGGACUUCAAAAAGGCAGUUGGAGCUUUUUCUGUAACAUAUGAUUCUGAAAACCACCAGCUUAUUAUUUUGUCAAUCAAUGAUGUAACAACAAAGCGGGCAAAUAUGCUGAUUGAUAUGCACUUUCGAAGUCUUCGUACCAAGUUAUCCCUGAUACUGAGAAAUGAAGAAGCUAGCAAACAGCUGGAGAGUUCUAGACAACUUGCAUCACGAUUUCAUGAACAGUUUGUUGUACGUGAAGACCUAAUGGGUUUGGCCAUUGGUACUCACGGUGCUAAUAUUCAGCAAGCCAGAAAAGUCCCUGGAGUGACUGCUAUUGAUCUUGACGAAGACACUUGCACAUUCCAUAUUUAUGGAGAGGAUCAAGAUGCAGUGAAAAAGGCAAGAAGUUACCUUGAAUUUGCUGAAGAUGUCAUACAAGUCCCAAGAAAUUUAGUAGGAAAAGUAAUAGGAAAAAAUGGAAAACUGAUUCAGGAGAUAGUGGACAAAUCUGGUGUUGUAAGAGUCAGAAUUGAGGCUGAAAAUGAUAAAAAUAUUCCACAAGAAGAGGGAAUGGUACCAUUUGUGUUUGUGGGAACCAAGGAUAGCAUCACCAAUGCAACUGUUCUUCUGGACUAUCAUCUUAAUUAUUUAAAGGAAGUGGACCAGCUGCGUUUGGAAAGACUGCAAAUUGAUGAGCAGCUUCGACAGAUUGGAGCUACUUCUAGGCCACCUCCAAAUCGUACAGAUAAGGAAAAAGGGUACAUGACUGAUGAUGGCCCAGGACUUGGACGCGGUAGUCGACCUUACAGAAACAGAGGGCAUAGCAGGCGUGGUCCAGGCUAUGCUUCAGGAACUAAUUCUGAAGCAUCAAAUGCUUCUGAAACAGAAUCUGAUCACAGAGAUGAACUUAGCGAUUGGUCAGCAGCCCCAGCAGAAGAGGAGCGAGACAACUACCUUCGUAGGGGUGACGGGCGAAGACGUGGAGGUGGUGCAAGAGGGCAAGGAGGGAGGGGUCGCGGAGGAUUCAAAGGAAAUGAUGAACAGUCACGAACAGAUAACCGUCAACGUAACUCAAGAGAUGCAAAAGGGAGAACAGCAGAUGGAUCUCUUGAGAUCAGAAUUGACUGCAAUAAUGAAAGGAGUGUCCACACUAAAACAUUACAGAAUACCUCCAAUGAAGGUAGUCGGCUGCGCACGGGUAAAGAACGUAACCAGAAGAAAGAGAAAACGGACAGCGCAGAUGGUCAACAGCCGCUGGUGAAUGGAGUACCCUAAACUGCAUAAUUCUAAAGUCAUAUUUCCUAUACUGUUUCAGUAAUUCCUAUUCCAUGUUAGAGAAACUUGUUAGGCCAAAGACAAAUAGUAGGCAAGAUGGCGCAGGGCAUGAAAUGAACAUAUGUUCUCUGUUAGCCUUUUUUAACAUCAACAGUAUGCAGUUGUUUUCAGAAUAAGAAGUUAUUCAAAUAUUUGCAUAAAAAUAUCAGAGUUUCCGAAAAUCGCUUUCAAGUACAUAUUGCAGUUCAAACAAUGAAAGAUUCUUUUUUUGUUUGUUUUAAAAAUACUGAGCUGUGCAUUGGUAAACUUUCUGUUCAGUUGUACCAUUUUAACACAUCGGGUCAAAUUCACUGCUCAAUUUCAAUUUUCAGAAUAAAUAGUGUUUGCAGUAAUCAAAUUGGCUUCUGUUUUCAAUCUAACUUACAAGUUCUUCAUGAAAUGCUAUGUCGUUUUAUGUCCUGUGUCAGUUCACAUUCGGGUCCACCUUUUUCAAUAUUUUAGUGGACCUUGAAAUAUGUGUGAUGUAACAAUUGUCAUUUUCAUUAGCAAAAAAGUUGUAUGAUCUGUGCCUUUUUUAUAUCUUGGCAGGUAGGAAUAUUAUAUUUGGAUGCAGAAAUCAGGGAAGAUGAGUUGGUAACACUAAAUGUAAAAUAUAUGUAGCAAUCCUUGUCAGACGUUAGUACUUUAUAGACAAGUGCAUGCUUUCCAUAAUUUUUUCCUUACAUAAACAUUGAGUUAGGCAGUUAUAAGAAUAGGAAAUUUAUUUUGCACUGAAAAUUUGGCAAAUAGUGUUAUUGAAAAAGGGGUGUAAUUUUUUUCUUUGUAGGCAGUACAGAAGCUUUUUUUUAAAAAAAAAAUAAGAAAAAAAAACCUUUCCAUUGUGGAAGACUAAAAAAACUCAUUGUAACUGAGGGAACAAGUGUAACGUGUUCACAAGCUAGUAAUGUGUGCCUGCUGUUUGGCCAGAUGACCAGUUUAAAGUGUUUUUCAUCCUCCCAAAAUUUUUUGAAUUGCUUAUUUUAAUUUGGGGAUUGUCUCAGGAGAGGUAGGAAGAAAAUCACCACGUGUAAUGCCCUGGAAAGUACAGAUACAGUAGUCAGAGAGAUUGGAGGUAGAACAAAAAUUCAUCAUAUUUUGAGGUACAAAGUCUCAAUUACCAGCCAAUUUGAAGGUGUCACAGAAUUUGAUCCAAAGUACAGUCAUACACCAGGGAAGGGUGGGAAGUGGUGGGAGGAGCUGUGCUUUCCUUUAUUUCUGAUCACACAUAAAACUUACUGGGCAAAACUGUAUAAGGAGCUUCAUUUUAAUCCAUUUUUAUUCAGAUUACUCCAGAAGGAGAGCCACUGUUUAUGUACAGAAUUGUACAAACUUGACCUUGCCUCUGAUGUAUUUUUGUGAGUUUUGUUUCUUUGCUUUUUCAUUCUUUUUUUUUUUUCCUUGCAUACAGGUGAGCAUACUAAAAACGGCAACGAACUGCACAUGAUUUAACAAAUAUAAAAAUGUCUUAAAAAGUAUUGCCAAACAUUAAUGUUGAUUUCUAGUUAUUUAUUUUGGGAAUGUAUAGUAUUUGAAAACAGAAAUUGGUACCUUGCACACAUCAUCUGUAAGCUGUUUGGUUUAAAAUACUGUAGAUAAUUAACCAAGGUAGACUGACCUUGUAAUGUAACUGCUCUUGGGCAAUAUUCUCUGUACAUAUUAGCUACAACAGAUUGGAUUUUAUGUUGACAUUUGUUUGGUUAUAGUGCAAUAUAUUUUGUAUGCAAGCAGUUUCAAUAAAGUUUGAUCUUCCUCUGCUAA